AUGUACCUGCUCUAUCAACCACCGAAAUGGGGGUUUAUGCUGGAUUUCUAUCAAGACCAUGGGAAGAUUAUUAUGUACACCAGCUUCUACAUUUCGUGGGCAUUCGGGCCGUAUCAGGCGUUUCUGACGACAAUGUUGGCGGUCAAUCGGUACACGUCAAUUCUGAAUGAGGAGCUGUAUCGGAAGGUGAGGUCAGCUGCAUUUUUUACUGUAAUUUUUUUCGCUUUGAGACCAAAAAAAUUGAGAAUUUUUUUUUUUGAAUUUGAGAUUUUUGUACCACCAAAAAAUAAUCAAAUCCAAAAAAUGUUCUAUUUUAGUGUUCUAGAAUGUUCCAAUUUCGGUUCCUGAUUACAAAUAAUUUUUAAUUAAUUAAUUAAUUCAAAGAAAUUGGUUCCUUCAUUUCAAAAUUUUUUAUGAAUUAUGUAUUUCGGUAAAACAUACAACAUUUUUUAUAUUCUAGUAGAAUUUCUACGUCAUUUUCUUCCGUGUUCUUGCGAUUUGUCAAUUUUUCGAAUUUUCACUUGAUUCCUUUGCCAAAAGUAUCUAUCAGUUUGUCGGGAAAAUAAGGAGCAUAAUGUCGCUGGGCCAAUCGCGUCGCUGACGUAAAAAAUAAUUUGAUUUUGCCCCGACCCAAUUCAUUUUCUCGGCGGCGAUGCUAUUUUCGAUGCGACAGAGUGCUCAUUAUUUUCCCGACAAAGCGAAAAAAUCUAACGGUGAAAGAGCUACAAGUGCGAUGCUCAAAUUUGAUGAGGCUUGAUCAAAUUUAAAGCAGUUUUUUAAGUUAUAUGCUAAACUCCGUAGCUCGGGCAGAAACCGGCGAGAUUUUUAGGGUGCAAUUUGGAAAAAAUAUCGCAGCCUUUGCGCAUAAUUCUCCUUGAUUUUUAUGCUAGAACAUCUCGACUUUCCCAGAAAAGAUCGGGCUAAAAUUCUCAGACAUUGCUAUGGCACAUUCUCGAAAUAUAUGUAAAAUUAAAGCGCAAAAUUUCAGAUCUUCUACCGGAAACGGACAUGGUACUGGAUGGGCGGGUUUCUUUGUUACACUGCAACUUUUGCUUGUCUCAUAUUCCUGAGUCCAGCUGUGUAUGUGCCAAAUGAGUUCAAUGGGUUGACACAGAAACUUACAAGGUAAAUUUCGUGUAUUUCUCAUUGCAAGAUUUGCUUUCACAUGAUAUGCGACGUAAAUUUUCAAAUCUCAAUCUGUCGGGAAAAUAAUGUGGAUUUCUUCGCGCCUUGGAUCGCUCAUAAUCUUUGCGGCGGCUAGCCGCGGCUGGAAAUUUGUAAAAAAUUGGCCUGAAAUUUUGCCGCGACAAAAACCACAUUAUUUUCCCGACAGACUGAUAUGCGACUUCUUUCAUCUUUCACUUACAGCAACAUUUUGUUGGGCGGAAUGUUCCUCUCGACCGGGACAAUAAUGUUCGGGUGUUGCAUUGGGAUCGGCUACAUGUAUUUUGAAGUUUUCAACGAGCUGCGCUCCGUUGACAGCGUGAUGUUGAAUCGUCGCCAAUUCCAACGAAAGCCCGAGAUCAACUUGUUGUUGAUCUCGGUGGUUGUUUGUGUCAUCUUCUUUUUUUCGGCAUGCUACAUUGUCUCGAAGUCGUUGUUCGGUUUCGAUAGGGGCGCAACGAUGUAUAAUCUGGUAAAGUAAGUGGAUUUCUGAAUGUCUGUUGUUCUCCAACGUCUGGAAAGUAAACAAGAGCCUAAUAAGUUUGUAUCACAGCCAAAAACGACGUAUUUUUCAUUUCAUUUCAAGCGUAUUUUGCAUUCCAUUUCAGCACCAUCUGCAGCUGCGCCAAUCCAUAUCUUUUGGUUGGGUUCAGCGAUAAUGUUCGCCAACGAUUCUCGGCUAUGUUCUGCUGCGACAAGAUCAAUUGUCAGUGCUGUUUGAAGAUCGACGAGCGGCCUGUAACUCCGACUAACAAUCAGUACUCUUCUGGAGUUCAUAGCAAUGGAUAUGGCCCUGAUCAGACUGUUGUCUAG